UUUCUUGUGUAUUAAUUAAAUCUGUUCUUACCAUAAAUCGUAUUUGGAGAAAAACUUUGGGUUUUGAGAUUAUUUUGAGAUUUAAGAAAAAUUGAAACCAAAAGCUUUGGAAAUGAGAUUGAUAAGAUAUUUUAGAGCUGGCUACCGACUGUGGAAUCUAAGCAAUAAUGAAAUACAACAUAUCUUUUAAUUAAUGCGUGGACUUCCCAAAAUGGCACUGAAUUAAGUUUUUUUCUCCUCGGUUUUGAUAUAAAUAUUGAAAAUGUUCGUUAAAAUAUUUAAUAUAGUGUUAAAAUCGAAAGGAUCCACCUAAAUCCUGAAAAUGAGUCAAACAAUUGCAAUAAUACUUAAAUUACUUUUAUUUUCAUCAAUUUGUAACUCACAACAAGACGGUGACUGUGUUCUUCCUCCACAACUCGAAAAUGGAUAUCGUUUUUUAACUAAUAAUCAGGAUUACAUACCACAUGCUAGUGUUCCAUUAGCAACGUCAUUUAAAACUAGAUGUAAUUCGGGGUAUGUACUACCAAAUGGUCAAACAGAUGGAAUGUCAAUCUGUUUCGAUGGAAUAUGGAUUGGAAAUUCAAUCGAUAAUAUUUGCCAAACACAACAACCUAUAUUAUCUUAUUCGAAAUAUCCACAGCCUCAGGAAAUAGAUCCGUUUAACUUAGAAUGUGGUGUUGUCGACGAUGAGAACUCUUCAAAACAAUCCGUUUUAUUACCUUGGGAUGUUUUUUUAACAAAAAAUGAUGUAACAAGAUGUUUAGCGAGUUUUAUUUCUCCGAAACACGUAUUAACUGUUGCACAUUGUUUUUUUCCUCUAGAUGAAAUUGAUGAUAUAGAUCUGAACAGUUUUAAAAUUCUUGUUAAUCCUUUUGGAAAUAAACAAUUCAGAGAGAUUGAAAAAGUCUCUAUUCACGAAAAUUAUCGUGGAGAAAAACAAAAUUACACCUCUGACAUUGCCAUUGCUACUCUACGAGAUUUUGGGAAUAAUUUACAAAUUAGACCUGUUUGUUUUCUUGAUGAUCAACAUGGUUUACGCAAAGACGAUGUGGGAACAAUCUAUGGGAUUCUAGACUUACCCAAAAGAAACUUAUCGAACUUUAAAUCAUUUUCUGCGAAUGUUGAUGAUGAAAAAAAUUGUGAAGAUCAAUCUUCACGGGAGUUUUUUGAAAAAUUUUAUUCUCCAGAUAAAUUCUGUACAACUUCUGAAGUGAAAACAAUGUGUGGAAUUGAUGGAAGUGGGUUUUAUAAAAGAUUUGGCGAUAAAUACUAUUUAGGAGGUAUUCUAGUUUCUUCACAAAAAAAUCCCACUAAAUCAAUAUGUGAUGGUGGAGUAUCUACGUUUUUCACAAAUAUUUCACCAUAUUUCAAUUGGAUACAAGACAUUAUAAGUAAUCAAUAGAAUUCAU